CUUGAAUAGGAUCCCAUUGGCAUCGUGCGUGCACUAAUGCGAUCUUGUCGGAAAACUAGCAAUCUUUCCAUUCCAUCGCCGAUCACCAGCUUGUUCUCUGACCUUGCUACCUUAUCUUCACUUCGAGAGAUAUGAUGAGCCUCUCUCGGUAUGACUGAUUAGGUUUUUGCAGGUGGGCCACUUCACCAGGGUUUCCACUACACUUGUACGAUUAAUGCAGUGGGAUUCUUAACAUGCCAAGGUGGCAAAUCUUCUCUACGCAGGGCCUCCAUUUAGCGUCCUAUCCAAGGGACUGGGUGUUUUUUCCUGUAAGAUGGCCUGCAUCUAUGAGGCACGAUACACACAACGCAGCCAAAGUCUCGAGGUAAGUUGUUGUUGGUUGGACCUGCUGUGAUUCCUGCACUGGUGUUGUGAACAUUGCCAAUUUUCUCCUUUCAGGAAUGGUGGAACUGGUAUCUAUCAGAGAGGUUCUGUCUCUCCCUGUGGACUACCCCAAUGAUGUGGAGAUUUUGUUCUACGAUGAUGAUCUCUAUAUCAUCAUCACCCAUGCAAGUAACACAUCCAAUCCAUCUAUCUGCGAUGAAGUCCAUAUCUACAAAUUUGACAACCAAACAGGGCAGGCAGAGUUGGUUCUUGUCCAAAGUGCUCCGGAUGUCCAAGACGUUGACUUCUUUAUUUAUGAUGGGCUCCAUUAUGUUGUGGUAGCAAUAUGUGGGGAUGGAAGCACAAAGUCUGCGGGACUUUUUACAUACUUGUGGACCGUGGACCAACCCACCGAUUCCCAGACUUUCUUUCAAGUACAAAGGCUAAAAAUGUCAGAGCCGACUGCAGUGGAGACGAUUAUAGGGGGCAACACUCAAUUUAUUGUUGUAGUUGAAAGGUCCCAUGCAAUCCUCAAUGUAGAGGCUGCCGUUAUGUACGAAUGGAAAGGUGGUCAUAUGGAUGAAUUUGCUGCUUUCCCCAAGCCCAACCUGGUCAGUAUCAUACCAUUCUGUGUCUUCAGUCGUGUCUUCCUGGGCCUUGCGAGCAGUGCAUCAAUGUACGAUGAACCAAUAACCAAUUCUGAGAUACUUCUCUACAACCUCCAUCUCCAUCAAUUUGAGACCUUUCAGACAAUCACCACAUAUGGCGUCCUCGAUAUGGAUGUUUUCACGUUUGGCUCCGGCUUUGAAUUAGAAGUUUUUCUUCUUAUAGCCAACACUUAUGAUGAGCAAGGUCGAACACCAAAGUCUUUCAUCUACAAGUACAACGAAAAUAAAUUUAUACCAUUCCAGUGCCUGGAAAUCGCUGAUAUCCGCGGUUGGUACACCAUUCUUGAUGAGAAUAAAGGUUUUGUCAACCUCAUAAUAUACACGGCAACAACCAUCACUUUCUACGAAUACGAUGGAUGGCAAUUCCAAGAAUCAACAUUGCAGUUUGAACCAUCUUCUCUUGCAGUCCCAGUCUGCUCCAUUUCUGUGAUCGUUUCUGGUUACAGGGCCAACUUGGUCCUUGCAAGCCAAUCGGAACAAAAUGAAACGGAGAUGAACCUGUUCAAGCUACAGUUUGCCCCCGUUAGCAUUCUGGCAAACUAUGUGGAGUUGUCUGAAUCGGUGUGCGAAUCCUCCGGGACUGAGUAUGAGAACAUAACCCACACACAUACAACUAUCAUCACAAAGAUUCCAGACCUGAUUACUGUGGAUGGUGGCGAAUUUGAUUUAAGCGGAAAUGUUUCCUUUUUGAGUGGCAUCACAGCUGAGGACAUAGUCCUCAAUGAAAUCAUAAUCGAAGAUGAUGUUGUCCUGACCAACGCGGAAGAAGAACAGCUGCAAAGGAUCAUCAACAAGAUGAACACCAAUGCAAAUAAGAUUACUACCAUGCAGAACGAGCUUCCCAAUACUGUGCUCCUAAAUACAACUCCUCAGACUAUCACAGGUCUGAAGACAUUUGCUUCCUUUGAGGCUGUAGGUGACCUUUCACCUUCGACUCUCACAGUAACCUCUGACCUUGUGAACACUGACAUCAAUAUUCAAGAUCUUUAUGAUGAAUAUAUAGAUAAAACUUCAAAUGUAGAUAUAUCUGUCUCCUUGCUGAUCUUGGGAGGUAUCGAUGUGACAGGAGAACUGACCACGACGGGUACGGUGGAUGACGUGGAUAUGACUGAAGUAGUCACACUCUCUGGAGAUCACACCAUCACAGGGGUCAAGACAUUCACCGGUCAGAUCACUGCAAACGGAGAUUUUGAUGUCAGUGGAACUGUCGACGGUGUCACCCUGACGCCCGCUUCCGUCCUGCAGACCAGCGGAGCUCAGACCGUAACUGGGACGUACACCUUCAGCGCCUCAAUCACAGCUACUGAGAAUGUCGUGGUUACAGGCACGGUGGAUGGUGUGGACCUAUCAGAGCUCAAGGAUGAAGCAGUCUACCUUGAUGGAAGUCAUGACAUCACCGGACCCAUGACGUUCGAUGGGGCAGUGACCAUGGGUGACGGUCUGACGGUCACCGCCGGUAAUACAGUGGACGGAGUGGACAUUGAGGACCUUGAUGCUGGUAUCCUCCGCCUGUCUGUGCAGCAGGAUGUAUCAGCUGAAUACACCUUCACCAGCCCACUGACUGUAGAGGGCGAUAUAACUACAGAGGGUACCGUGGACUCGUUGAACUUCCCUUAUGACGUUGUUCUGAUUGAUAACCCUAACAUGUUAAACAUUGCGGGACCUCUAAAGUUUGCAAACGAUGUCACUUUGGAGUCUCUUGUUCUUCGGGACCACAUCAAUAAUAUCAAUGCUCUAGAACCUUACAGGAACCUGGACCUCCUACUCACGGCUGCUACGAACACCAAGAACAUUCAGCAAGUGAGUGGAAGCGUUGAGUUUAGCACCGACAUCUACCUCAACGAUGACACCAUCAUCAAUGACAGGAUCGACGGUGUCAACCUCAAGACACUGGUUCCCAAAACUGUCUUCAAUUAUGGGAACCAGGAGAUUACAGGUGUGAAGACCUUUGCGAAGGAUGUGGACAUUCAAGCCGACCUGACGGUCAGUUUGCACAUUGAUACAGUGGACAUCAAUGAUCUAGAUGACAAUGCCAUCAAGCUCAGCAGUGGAGACCUGAGCUCUAUUGGAGAUCUGGAUUUCAGUGGAAAUAUAGAGUUCCAAGAUGAAGUCACCACUAACAAUGCACACACGUUUGGAACCUCCACCACGCUCUCGGACCUGGUCACCCAAGGCACCACGGAGACAAUCGCCGGCGCCAAGUCCUUCACCGCAGUGACGUCCAGUGAGAAUGUCCAGGUCACCUCGAACAUCAACAGGGUGCCCAUCGAUAGACUCUACAGCGAGGCGGUCAAGCUGGACAGCGCAUCAGAGGUGACCGUCUCAGGGUCAUGGCAGUUCAGCAAUGAUGUAAACAUAGGAGGGACCUUAAGUGUAACUGGUGAUAUUGAUGGCAUCGACCUUGACAAUGCAGUGACCAUCAGUGGUGCCCAGACGAUCACCAGCGACACCUCCUUCAGCCAGACUGUGACCGCUUCCACCAGCCUAUCGAUCGGUGGUGACCUAGUGCUCAGUGGAGACUUGAAUGGAGAAGACAUCGAGGAUGUGGAGUCUGAUACACUAAAAUGCUCAGGUGCCCAGGUAGUAACAGGAAGCAAAACCUUUGAGUCUCUGACUGUACGGGAUGACCUUGUGGUCUCAGGCACUGUUGGUGGAGUGGAUGUCUCUGACAUGAACGAUAAUGCUGUAUUUACCUCGGGAAAUCAGGACAUUGCCGGUGCCAAGACGUUUGGAGCAAGCCCUACGUUUACUGAUGUAGAUUUUAAUGAUGUAGUGAAUGGAAUCAGCGUUCCAGGCUUCUUCGACACAGUCCUGACCCAAGGCACAACCCAGACGGUUCAGGGCACGGUACAAACCGUCGACGUCGCGAUGGAGGACAACGUCAUUGUCAGCAGCACCGUUAAUGCCCUGGUGGUGGAGGAUAUGUGGACCCACUCUGCAAAGAUCACGGAUACUGAGUAUACAAUUCCACUCGAGUUCUCUGAUGUCGAAUCGGAGGAUGAUGUGACUGCCUCAGGAGCAGUAGAUGGGAUCCUCAUCAGCAGAGAUGUAGCAAUCUCGGAUACAGCAGAUCAAGUUUUUACAGGAGCAAAGACCUUUCAAGCUGCAACCUCCUUUGGUGCAGAUAUCAAUGUUGUUCUGGUCAAUACGAUUGACAUCUUGCAGUUGUGGAAUAAGGUCGUUAAGAAUGUUGGCAACCAAGACAUCACAGCCGGAAAAACAUUUUCAAAUGGGAUCACAAUCAAUGGAAACCUAGCAGUGACAGGGACCGUCGACGGCGUUGACGUAUCCGACCUUGCAGAUCGUGCUGUGGUGACAUCGGACGUUAAUAAUGCUGUUCAGACCAUCACUGCACCCGUCACUCUGUCGGCCGUUACUGCUGAAAUGAAUGUCAACUACGGUGGACACCUCCAGACAGUCGACAUCCAAGCCUUGGAUAGUUCCUACUUCAGCCGUUCAGCCUCCUCGCAGACCAUCAUCGGAAGUAAGCGUUACACCGGCAAUGUUAUCAUAGCAACCGGUGCUUCUAUCACGGUGAAUUCCCUGGACCUAGAUGGGUUGUUGAACACGUGGGACAUGGACCAACUGCAUGAGGAAGUCUGGAUGGACGACGCGGUGGAUACCAUUUACGGUGUCAAGACGUUUCAGCAGUGUAUUUCUAUCAAAGGUGACUUGCUUGUGGACGGCACCGUCGAUGGUGUGGACAUCUCGGACAACGUGAUGGUGACCAAUCAAGUCCAGUUGGUGACGGGAUUCAAGGCCUUCACCUCGGACGUCGCCAUUGAUGGGCAGAAUCUCAACUUUGAGAACAGCAUAACCAUUGACGGAGUGGAUGUAUCGGACUGGGGAGGGCAUGCAGUCUUGAAGGCCUCUGGCUAUACCAUCACUGCAGAUCUAGCAUUUGAAUCGAUUCACUUUGAUGAAGAUGUAGGGGUGACAGGCCUAUGCAGUGGGCUGAACUUCUCUCCAAGAACUUUCAUGACCAAGUCCAGAGACCAGACAGUCACUGCCAUCAAAACAUUUCAAUUUGGGGUCCUUUUCUCUGGAAACAUGGAUGUGACUGGUACAGUCCAAGGAGCUGAUGUACAAGACAUUAAAACAACUUCUCUUCUAGUAUCAGGCGAACAAACUAUCACAGGUCCUUUGGUGCUGCAGACCAGUCCGACCUUCUCAGACAUCACGACGUCGGCUCUCAUCGACGGUGAGGAUGUGGUGGAGCUCUAUCUGCGUACACACAGUACACCAGCUUUGGACGACUUUGAAGACUUCCUGGAUGACCAGUGUCAUCUCCUUGACGACAUGCACGAUGCAUUCCAGAACCAGGCCUACAUUUUGAGAUACCCAGAGCUAGUCCAAACCAUCCAGACCAACGGGCGUGGCAAGAUGAGGGGGUACUAUUUUGAUGGGGUCCAGUGGCUGUUCCAGGCUAUGGGUGACCCCAUCUUAGACUCGACUGCAGAUAAUUCAUGUCAGGAUUCGUUCAUUUACCAGUGGAAUGACGUUAAUGACAGAUUUCAGAGGUUUAAGACACUCAAGCUGGCGUACAUUCAUGAUGUUGCAUUUUUUGACCACGAGGGUUGGCUUUUCAUGGCUGUCAUCACCUCAAACGUUGCCAGAGGCUGUGAAGAGCUGAACUUCCUCCCGCUCAGUCUUGAACCAUUUAGAUAUAACGCCUAUAAGCUGGAUGUUAUCCCAGCAGCCUUCGAGGGAAUCACAGACCGCUUCAUUCUCAUCAUCGUGUGGGCCCCUCUCGUGGACCAAUUUUUCGUCUACCAACGUCUCGCUGGGGUGGGCUCUGUGUCCGUUGACCACUACACCGACCCGCAGACAAGCCAACCCUGUUUGGCCAUAGCCAACCAUAAGGCCGUAGUCUCUGGUAAUGUGACCUCCGAGGUCCAAUCAGCAGUGUACUGCAUGGAGUUUGUGGCAUCUGGUUUCAACCACAACAACGUCAUCGACACUCUGGGAGCUGUCAAGAUUCAUCCCUUCGUCUACGAGGGCAUCCUUCAUCUGGCUGUGGCUAACCGACUGGACACAUCAAAGAGAACCUUCAUGGUAGAGUCAGCUAUCUGGGGUGACUUUGUCAAGGAAGUAGUCAUCGCCACAACUGCUGCAGCAGACGUGGCUGUCACAGAGUUCCAUGGGACCUACUUUGUGGCCUUUGCCAAUGAAUUUGAGGGUCAGUUGGCGUUUGAAAACUAUGACGUGCCUGUCUCUAUAUACACCUAUGUCUAUGAUGCUGAUGGUGAAUCUCAGGUAGAUCUCUGGCAAGAGCUCCCUGCUUUCCGAGUCAAGUCCUUGGAGUUUGUGGUGCUCCACGACCAGCUCUUCCUGGUGGUCAUCAACCGAACUAGCACAGUAAAUAUCUUCCGCUACGAGGGCAUGCAAAAGUUCCAGGUCAUCCACACGAUUCCGCUAGAAGGAGCUAUGGAUGUUUCCAUCUACCCUUUCAAGAACGACCCAGAAAUCAUCCACAUGGCUGCCAUGGCAUAUGGCGUACGGCCCACUCUCUUUGCCAACGCUCCAGUCAGAACGACAAAUGUUGAUUCAAUUAUUUUCCGGUUCUAUUUUGAUGGUUUCAAGACGGACACAACAGGUUGCAGUCGUCCUUUUACUGAUAUAUGAACAUUUUGUCCUACUCCAAAAUGCUGUAGUACAGAUCUUUGAUGUUCACUGAGAUCUUUCAAGGCCAAACUUGUGUGAAAUGGUAGCUUUUAGCAGACACACACACACAAAAAAAGAGAAAACCUGAUGGUAUGAUAUCACAAUUCAUUUUUUUGGAUUAUUAUGUCUUAACAUUAAAUUGUUAUGAUACACACAAACAAAAUUCAAGCCAUCUGAGCAUACAAACCCUUACAGAUUAACAGUUUGAUUCUGACUGAGCAAUGUUUUCUAAUUAGAAGAAGUUGGCUCGGAGUGACUUGUUAUUGUGUCUUUGCUUAACAUUCUCUUUAAGUGGCAUGUAUUCAAAUAUAAUAGAGAUUUUUUGUCAACAUUCCAAUUUUGUUGAAACAUGGACACUAAUUCUGUAAAAUGUUAUACCUGAGUAGAAAUCCAAACUCUUUCUUUCUUGUGUUAUAAAAUAUUCAAAAUAUUUGCAUAGUAAUAGUAGAGUAUAAAAUUGGCAAUCAAAUUGUCUUCGUAUCUGAUUAGCUCAAAGCUCUUGUUCUUUAUCAAUUAAAAAAAUGACUUUGCUGAUGUGAGAAUUUGCUCUGAGCCUGAUUCUUAUCUGUCCUGUAUAAGUAUGCAUCUAGCAAAAAUUGUAAUUUAAUGAAUAUUGAUACCUUUCCACUUAAAGUGAGAAUGGAUGCACAUUGCAAUACAUGUAAUAAGAUUAAAUAGUGAUGACAAUUUGAUUGUCUUAUUGAGUUUAUAGUGAGUAUGGUAUUAGUGCAUGACUUGCAAAGUAUGUUCAAUCCAGAAAUAUUUCAUGUUGUUGCC